AUGCCUGCCUUGUUCAUCCCCGAACAGCACAACAUGUAUUCACUACUUGAACUCUUCGCUGGGCACUCUCGAAAUGUCACCCCUUUCCUGACAUUUCUUGAUCCCCAGGCAGUCACCAUCACCACCUCUAACGACCAAGCUUCCCCUGAGCAUCCCCCACAAGAGGAUUCCACCCAGUCACCUGCGCUACUCCCUGUAGAAGCUGUUGAGGAGUGUGAGAAGUGUGUGGAGGAAUAUCGUGCGGGUUCAGUGGAUAAGGUUCUUGUCUUCUUGCACCUCCAAACCAUUAUUGGUCGUUAUGCCACCAAUGACCAAGCUGGACCUACUGUCCAGGCUCUCAAAUCCUACCUCACAAUGCUCGACAACCAUGACCAUCUCCAAGAGGGAGCAGUGGAAAGAGGUCGACUCCCUGCUGAGCCGAAUCCAAUUGGGAGACAAGCCAAAACCAUCGAGGGCAAGCCCAGCAAUCUGCUCCAGGUUGAACACUCUCCCCAGGUCGAGAAUGAGGACACGUCCAAGCACCCUCGAUCUCCUGGACCGGAUGUCGGGCCUGAGUCCAUCUCUUCCAAGCGAUGUAUCGACCUCUCACGCUUCCCCUGGAUCAUCCAGGAGGAGGUUGACCCAGCCCCACUCUCACUCAAGCUCAGACAGACACAGACCUGCCUUGAAAACUUCACCCGGGAUCCAAAAUUCGCGAAGUCGUCCCUACUCAACUCAGCAUGA